CUUGUCGACUAUGCAAUGUAAACCUUUUUAUGCCAUGCAACUUCUGUCCUUAUUGCGGCUGUAGAGUUACAGCCGAAAGAGACAUUAUAGAGAACUAUUUUAAUUAUGGAUAUAAAUAUAAUAUCAUAAUUAGGCUACUAAAGAAUGAGAAUGGUAUUGAAAUGGAUUUACGGACUCUAAAGCGCAGACUUAAAUCUUACAAUUUAACCAGAAGGCAAACAGUUCCGGAGGACCUUGUGCGCGAAAUUAUUUGGAAUGAGAUGCAAGGUCCUGGAUGCUUGGCUGGUUAUCGGAAGAUGUGGCACAUACUUAAACUAAAGCAUCACAUACAUGUACCCCGAAAACUGGUGGAAUGUAUUUUAAAGGAACUAGAUCCAGAGGCAUGUGCUUUGAGAAAGCAAAAAAAACUAAAAAGGCGUAACUAUUUAUUAUAUAGAGCUAAUCAGUGCUGGCACAUUGAUGGAUAUGCUGAAGCCAUUUGGAUUCCCUGUGCAUGGUGCAAUUGAUGGUUUCAGCAGGAAAGUUCUUUGGUUAGAAGUUACACAGUCAAAUAAUUUGCCAGAGAGUGUGGCUAAAUUUUAUUUUGAGGCAGUAAGAAAGAAUAAGGCAUGUCCUUUGCAGACUCUUAGUGACUGUGGAACAGAGAAUGGGAUCAUUGCAGCAGCUCAAUGCUACUUUCGAUCACUUGACAAUGCACCAUUUUGUGGUAGUCAAGCUCAUGCAUUUGGUACAUCUCCAUCAAACCAAAGAAUUAAGAAUUGGUGGUCACAUUUUAGAAAAACAUGUUCAAGUUGGUGGGUUCAAUUUUUCAAAGAUCUUUGUGAGGAAAAGCAGUUAAAUUUAAAUGAUGAUUUCACUAAAAAAUGAUUGUGGUUUUGUUUUAAUGCUGUCUUGCAAAAUUCAUUUAAUGAUUGUCAGGUUUAUUGGAAUACUCACUAUAUUCGGCAAUCUCGCCAUGAAACUGUUGCUGGAGUUCCAAAUGUUUUAUAUGCAAUGCCCGAGGAGUAUGGGGCUUUUGAUCGCCAAGUGAGAGUUACUGAAGAGAAAUUGCCAAUAGCUGAGAGCAGUGGUUGCCAUAAUGAAUCGUUGUAAGAUAAUGCUUUUCAAGAUUAUUUUCAUUACUUGGUUGAGUUGCAAAGAUUACAAUAUCCUGAAAACUAUCAGGAAGCAUCAGAAUUAUUUGCACUGCUAAUGCAAAAUAAUGUUUGUGUUAUCUAACAAAAAUUUUAAGUUGUCUUAACAUUAAAAACGUUUUAAGAGAGAAAUGUCCUUGAAAUAUAUAAUUGAUACUGUAUUCUUUAAAUGAAGCCAAAACCAGAACUUUCUGCAAGUGUAGCAUCCAUUAAAUCUUCAAAUUGCUUUGAAUCAUCAA